AUGUGUAGAGGCGUGAAUGAAGAAGAGAGCAGAAGCGUCGACGGAGGUUGCCGGAGUAUCUGCAUGAGACCGAGUGUUUCGGUUAGGUGUGAGCUCUGCGGCGGCGACGCCUCCGUGUUUUGCGAGGCGGACUCGGCGUUUCUUUGUAGGAAAUGUGACCGGUGGGUUCACGGAGCGAAUUUUCUUGCUUGGAGACACGUGAGACGCGUGCUCUGCUCCUCCUGCCAGAAACUCACGCGCCGGUGUCUCGUCGGAGAGGACUUUCACGUUGUUUUACCGGCAGUGACGACGGAGGAGAAUAGAACGACGACAAGGAGUGAGGAAGAUAGUAGCGAUCACGAGGUUCCGUUUGUGUUUCUCUGA